AUGCCUAUACUCUCAAGUAAUGCUCAAGUUAUUAAGGAUGACUUUUAUAAGGAUUCAAAUCCUGAAAUUCACACUGUCGAUAUGCAGUCACCUCCUGAUCCAGACUCUGCUAGGCGAAGAGUGUCACCGACUCUCACUUCAAGUCCUGGCGCUUUUGUACAUGCUGACGAUUUUCAGACUAACAGUGGUGUUAGUCCUCCACCUGAAGAACCGAAACCGUCUCGGGAUUACGGCGUUAUCUAUGGAGGUAAUGAUUGUCUUCCCAAAGCGUGCCUGUGGGAAAUUCGGAAACCAACUGUGCCACGGGUCACUCGGCCUCAGGUUAUUCCAAAGAGUAACGAUGAAAGCGGCGUCACCGAAAUGCUGCGGUUGUUGAACAAGUUCCAACGAUUGCGAGAUGAACAGCGUUCGGAGCAGAUUAGGGUUGCUCAGAUGCCUGAAAUGACCACCAGCAGGCAUUCACAAUCUCGUGAGGCAGAUAACUGCUUCAUCAUUGCGUUGGCAUGUGGCGGCUCAUGUCAUACAUCUUUGACAGGAAUGAAGCGACUAAUUUGUGAAGACGACGACGAAAACAACGAUGAAUGUGGUGGCACACCGUCUUUGACGUGUUCCCGUUCAGAAGAGCCAAGAAAGAGCCUUUCCGCCCAAUACAUCGAAGAAAAGCUCAAGGCGUCAACCGUGGUUUAUGGAAAGCAGGAGGCGAUAGUGUCAAGUACUUCUACGCUACCAAAUCCUAAUGUUGAUCUUUGCCCUGAAUCAACGAAGCCUUUCUCUCCUGAGAGUACAGAAUUGAUUUCGUCCAAUAACAAGGAAGGUGAGAAUACUCACACGAAUGAAUUCGAUCUUUUGGAUCUCGAAAAGCAUAUCAUCGCUGGUGAUGGUAAUCCUAUUAGUCGCAGUUUGCUAAGUCUUGUCAUGGAAGAGGAUAUACCUGAUUUCAUGGAAGCUGUGAACGAAAACGUUACAUCAAUCCGUUUUGAGGAGACGGAACCGAAGGUUUACACAUAUUUGGAUGAAAUGUCGGCAAAAGUUAAUAAGGAAUGGGUAGAAGGCGUUCAUGUAGACUAUGAGACAUACCAAAACAUUAUCGCCGCUGAGGUGGAGGAGUACAAAAAGAAUAUAGCCGAACUUCAGAAAUGGAGGGAGAGUAUUGCUGCUCAAAUGCCUCAGGAUACUUCGACUCAUGAAGAUAGGGAAUUCAGUGUUGACGUUCCUUCUUCCCUCACGUAUUCGCCAACGCACAAUGAGAACAAGACUAUGUGCGUUCGAAUCGUAAGCUCUUUCCUCAAGUAUUCUUCUUCAUUGCCGUAG